CCGUGCAUCCGUGUGGGAGAGAGAGAGAGAGAGAGAGAGAGAGAGAGCUAUUCCUUGUCGUCUGCUUCACUUCACUUCACUUCAUGGAAGAAGCUUUGACGAUGGCGCAAGUCUCGUUCUGUUCGCUCCACCAUCUUUCGCUUUGAGUUCUCUCUGUCGUUCACUCCCACCUCGCUCCUCAACGGCCAUGUCGUCGGCUUCACACACGGAUCUUGCCCUCCUAGCGGUCUCCGAGCCGAUAUCGACCGUCCAGGUCAUCGAAAGCAUCAUCCCUUCUCUGCUCUCCCACUUCUUCCAAGUGAAGCAGCGACACGUUCCACCCCGGAACGACGACAAGGCCCAAGACGACCGGAAAGCCGGCGACUCCUCUCACGGUCGCAUCCAGACAGCGAAGAGCUUGCCCGUCGACAUCAGCGCAACGAAGAAGAGGAAGGAGAAGGAGCUGACGAGACGCCGCAGCUGCGGAGAGGAAUCGAUCGACCAUUCUCUUCGCAGUGAUUCUAAUCACGAGCUGUGUAAUCAGAUCGAGAGGCUUUACAGAGACCUCGGUUAUAUCAAGGACGCGCUGGACAGGCAUAGGAAGGCCGAGGACAACGUCAGCCAGCUCAUCAAGGAACUCGUCAAGCAGAGCAAGGACGCGGCCUUCCUGGAUUCACCGCAAACACCUGGGGCUGCCAACGGCAAUUCCGAGAAGAUCCAAGUCCAGCUCUCUGACCUCACCGAAAUAGUCACGAAGUUGAAGCUUAAUAUUCCCCCUUCCAACAAGAUAUCGCCCACGACCUCCGAUGCCCACAGGGGCGCACAAGUGGCCGAUGAGUUUGACGACUGUAAAGAAAUGCCUUACUUUGCCGUAGAGCAGAAGUUGCGUGACAGUUCUGUUUGCAAGGACUUACGUUCCACCUACGAGCAGCUUGAUAUCCGAUCGAAGCAGUGUUUGCUGUGCUUCGCCGUAUUUCCUGAGCAUGCUGAGAUCAAGAAGAGGUUCCUGUAUUACUGGUGGGUCGGGGAAGGGUUGAUUGACCCUUCAAAUAGCAAAGACAAAUCCGUUGGUGAUAUUUUGAAGGAUCUUGUGGAUAAGGGUUUCAUUCAACCGGUGGUCAAGAAGCGCAGGAUGGUGACUACGAGUAAACGCUAUAAGAUGUUACCGCUGAUACGCUCCAUGGUGGUGAUUCUGGCCAAGGAAGCGAAGUUUUUCGACUUCGAUUCCAGGGGUUGCCCCACAGCGGACUUCUCCAAGUGUCUUAGAUCUUGUUUGGUGAGAUCGAAAGAGGCUUCCUGGCAGAAGGUGAUGGCCGAUUCGGAUAUGGAAAAGCUGCGUACUCUAUUCAAUGUCAAUGAGCCUUACCUGGAUUUCAAGGUGGACUGGUUCUCAAAUAUGAAAAAUAUAAAUUGUCUCUCCCUGGGAAGCUGGCGGGGGUCAAAGAAAGACCAUAUCGAAGUCGAGAACACUGAAUUCCUCCGGGGCAUGAAGUGCAUGAAACAUCUGAAGUUUUUUAGCCUUCAGGGUAUCUCUAGAAUCACAGAGCUACCUGGCUCGAUCGGGAAGCUUUAUAAUCUGCGGAUUUUGGAUCUCAGAGCUUGUCACAACCUCGAGUCACUUCCCGAUGAAAUAUGUUCCCUUAAGGAGCUCACAAACCUGGAUGUUUCUGGGUGCUACUUGCUUGAAUAUAUGCCCAAAGGGCUUGGUUCGCUUGUUAAGCUUGAAGUGCUGAUGGGUUUUGUGGUUAGUGAUCUCAAAAGUGGAAGCUAUUGUACUGUCAAUGACUUGGCCAAGCUCAAGAAACUCAGGAAAUUGGGCUUUCGCACAGGCAGGAAUUCUUUCCCAACAGAGAAGGAGUUGAGGACUCUUCAAGAAUUUAAUGAGCUGCGCAAAUUGACAAUUGCAUGGGGCGAGGAUUCUGUUUCGGUAAAGGUUGAAGGUGCAGAGUCGGCCGAUGAGUACCUGAUCAAAAGCAAAUGCUUCGCGGGGUUAUUUCCAUUCACGAAACGCACUGCCCAGAAACCAACAACUGACAAUCCGAAACUUCCCGAAAAUUUGGAGAAACUAGACCUGAUUUGUUACCCUUCGACCAAACCACCUACAUGGCUAAUGCCCGAGAAGCUUGAGAACCUAAAGACUCUUUAUGUCAGAGGAGGCUAUCUCUCCUCCAUUCUCCAUCCUCAUCAGUUGGGCCAGGUUGAAGAAGAUAAGAAGUGGAAAGUCAAGACUAUGCGUUUGAAGUAUUUGAACGAGUUGACAAUGGAUUGGAGGGAAAUGCGGCAAUCAUUUCCAGAUUUAGUCUGCUUGCAUAUGGUUGAUUGCCCAAGGCUCACCUUGUUCCCGUGCCACAAAAAUGGAGUGUGGCUGAAAGAGCAGUUUCUAAAAGCAAUUACAAGAGAUUAACAUCACAAGCAUGAAUACUAGUAGUCGCAAGGUCUUGGCAAGCUCAGAGUACUGCUAAUUUCACUGUAUAAAUAUAUUCUACAUAAGUGUGCGCGUGUGAGAUGGUAGAUAUAAUGAACUUGCUGCUUCUGGUGGUGAAAGCUAAGUUGGCGACAUUAUUGUUGGAAGAUGGGAAAGUGCAGAAAGUUACAAGCAUGUCUCACUAUGGCACAGAGUGAAAGAACAUUGUAGAAGGUGUGGCCCUUCUUCUUUCUUGGUACCGAUCAUCGUUCAUGAACUUCCUUUCCAUUUCAUCUUAUUGCACAGUGAAGGUGGUUGCUUGUACUAUUCAUCUCCAUAAGAUGACAAGCACACUUAAGAUGAUGAAUAUGCUGUGCUAAAUACUUGGCUUUGAAUAUAAUAUUACGUUUCAUUGAUA